AAUAAUUUCCGAUAACCCAUUUCCCCCAAAGAAAAUCACUCUCCUCCGCAAAUACGGCGAGGGUUUUGGCCGGCAGCCGCAAAACCCAUCACAUGGCUCACUACUGCCCAUCGCUUCUCCGCCGCCGGCGCCCCAUCCCCGCCCCAUCCCUCCUCCAUCUCCUCCUCCGACGCCCCUUCGCCUCCUCUCCCUCCUCCCCCUCACCUCCCGCAUCGGCGAGCCCUCCCUCCUCUAAGCCCCCCGCCCUCUCCGCCCGCCUCUCCUUCGUCUUCGACCAGCUGGAUGCCCUCGACCGCUCCCGCUCCUCCGACCUCUCAGCCCGCGAUGCCGCCCUCCGCCGCAUCCAGUCCUGGCGCCAUCCCCCCGCGCCGCCCCACGAGGCACCGCCGCUGGAGGUGGAGCCGGGGCCGGGACAAGAGCUGGAUGAGCGGAAGAAGGAAGCUGAAGUGGUGACGGCGGCGGCCGCCGAUGAGGUGGAGAGGAUGAGCAUGGAGGAAGUACUGCGGAGGGAGGUGGAGCUGGUGCACCCCUGGCCCGAGUGGAUCGAACUGAUGGAGCGGCUCGCUCAGCAGAGGUACUUCGACCUUGGGCGGGCCGGUGGUGCCGACGAGAGCUCCAUGGCUGCUGCGGUGCCUAUGGACCUCUCGGAGGUCAGUGAGGAGGCCGGGUUCGACUUCUCCAGGGACUGGACCACUGUCAAGAACGCCUGCAUGAACUUCGGCCGUGACCGGUUCGACAUCCUCAAAUCAUUGCCUAGGAAGGAUCUUCAAAUAUUGGUUGGCCAUGGGUGCCCCAGCAUGGAUGCAAAAGUGGUGUUUUCUGCAAAGCUGAUAAGAAAACUUGUCCAUCUUGAUGAGGGCGAUGUAUGUAGUUCUUGUAAUUUACGAAGUGUAUGCUCAAGGGGCUAUAUCCUUACACGUAAAGAAGAUGAAGCUCGGACUCUUGAUGUUAUGCGUAUUUUAUUGAUCUAUGGUUUUGAUCAUGUAAAGGGAACCAUAGAGAACAAACCUCUUCUCAAAUUAAAAUCUUUGAAGACUGUUGCUCGGAAAUUAAUACAUGAGAUUGUCAAGCUGAGCGCCAUCCCUAUUGAUCCUAAUCUCCCACCCCCUGUAAUAAGGAAACCCCCUCCUAAGGUGAAGCAACCACCUCCACCACCAAAGAAGCGAGUGGGACGUGAUGACAUAGAGAUGAAAAAAGGAGAUUGGCUCUGCCCUAAGUGUGACUUCAUGAACUUUGCGAAAAACAAUGUUUGCUUGCAGUGUGAUGCUAAGCGUCCCAAAAGACAACUCCUCCCUGGAGAGUGGGAAUGUCCUCGGUGCAAUUUCUUGAACUAUAGGCGGAAUAUGUCAUGCUUCCAUUGUGAACAUGACCGCCCUGCAGAUGAGUAUGCCAACAACCAAAUGGAGGCAAAGCAAUCAGCACUGCAGAAAAGAUUGGAAAGACCUCCACGCAAGUCUGAUGUUUCUAGUGCAUGGAACUUUGAUUUUGAUGAUAAUGAGUCAGAUGGCGCAGAUGUUGCGGCAUUUGAGUUUGCUGAUUCAUCUAAGGCGAGAGAGAGCCCAUCUGUGGACAGCAUGCCAUAUAGAGAUGCUGCUAGGGGCUCCGAGGAUGAGGAAUUCAGAAUGGCUGAAACAAUGAGUAAGGGAAGAGAGAAUAAGUUCUCGGAAAGACAGAGCUUGUCAUCUUCUAGAGUUGGUUUUGAUGAUUUUGAUGAUGAAGAGGAUGACAUUGACAGUUAUGAGCUUGACUUGUCAAAAGGAAGUCAGACAGGUGGAGUGUCAAGGAUGAGUUAUUCUGAUCUUGAGAGUGCUUCUGAUUCAGAAAGUUUUGGUGAAUUUGAUAACAGUAGAAAUUCCAGAUAUGCAGCCAAGGAUGAUAUAACAGUGUCUGCUGAUGAGGAUGAAUUUGAGGAUCACCCUUCCCUGAGAUCGAGUCAUCUUGCUGAUUCUUGGCAUAAAACCAAAGGUCGGAGUGGUUCCAAUAAAUCUAGAAGGGCAUCUUUUGGAUCAGAGAGUGAUGAUGGGAUCAAUUCUGAUCUGGAUGAGGACAUUGACAAAGGUCUUAGAUGUAAACAAGGCCGUUGUCAGGGAAAUCCUGUCAAAGCUUCUGUUAGGCAAAGGGCACCUGCCUACAGUAACGAUGAACCAUUUCCCAAUGAUGUGGAUUCUGAUAUGGUUGACCGGUUCCAAGUUAGGACCAACUCUUCCACAAACAUUAGUGAUAACUUCCGUGGCAGAAGCUUCAACUUGAAUGGUAGACGAUCCAAUGGGGACAGUUAUAGUAGAACAAAACGAAAUGAACGAUCCAACAGUUUUGAUACGCAUCAUGGUGGGCCGGUCUUGGAUAGGAGCCGCAGGGUUAGGGGUAAUCAGCUAGAUAAUGGUUCAAGAGGUUUACAAAGAAAUGGAAGAAGAAAUUGGGAUAGAAGUGGUGUCUUUGACGGCAGGCACUAGGCGUUAAAACAGAAGAUAUGAAAUAUGACAAAUGAGAAUGGCAGCGUAAGCAUCUAAAGGGUGACAAGUGAGAGCUCUAGGAAAAGUUAAAAUUUGUUAGACAUUUGUCUGGUUUUGCUAACAGUUGCAACAUUAUAACAUGGUACUACAAGAAGGGGCCUAUAAUGCAACCCGUGAUUAUUCACAUGGCUCCAUUUAUGUUGUUAAAGACAUGUUGCCUCACUGAUUACUUUAUAUGUAACAUUACAUUCAAGGAUAAGUCAGUGCCACGUAUCUUCUCCUUUUUGGGUUUUUAUCAGUGGAAUUUGGGUGUAUGUUUCAGAACAAUAUUUGAAUGCUGGGUCUACUUUAUGUA